AUGGAGGCGAAGGCUUCAGAGCUUUUGGCGGCCUUCAAGAACCCCAACCUCUCUGUUGAUUCAAAGGUCGCCUACUUAACUAGUGUCAAGUCGGAUAUCAAACAAAAAAAUGUCCCAGAGGGCGCCAUUCCUACAAUUUUCGAAACAUUGCGCCUCGCCAUUAGCUCCCAACAUUACUCGGUUUGCGGCGCUGGGUUUUCUACCCUCGGCCACCUCCUGAAGCGCCUCACCAUCCAAGAUCAGCAGCAAUGGAUCGUCAACCAAGCUCGCAACUUGUACACCCUCUUGUUAGAACGUCUAAACGAUCACAAAGAACGGAUCAGAGCCCAGGCUGCGUCAAUCUUCACCGAUCUGUGGCCCGUGGCAGGCAGUGAGGUCGAGUAUUAUGUUCUAGAGGUCGCAUUGAUCGGGAAAAACCCUCGAGCCAAGGAAAUGAGUAUGCUUUGGCUGUCAAAUAUGACCAAGAGCCAUGGCUUGUUAUAUCGCCAACACGUUCCUUCUCUGGUUGCGUGCUUAGAAGACGCCGACAGUGCCGUUCGAGAUACGGCCAAGUUGGUCGUAAUCGAGCUAUUUCGCUCUGGACCGGCGAGAGCAAAAUCUGAUCUGCAGAAGCAAAUCACGGCCCGCGGAGUGAGAAAAUCUAUCGCAAAUGCUAUUCUCACGGCCAUAGGCAUAGGUUCUGUUGAACCUGAGGCUGCUACAUCUACACGCCCAAUUUCUCGCGCUGAACGCCCGAUCUCAGUCAUGUCGUCUCGUUCACACGCCGUGGACCAACCCGAGGAUGAAAUGGAGCCGGUCAAGAGCCGCCCAGCCUCGAGGGCACAUCGCGAACGACCGACUGCCCCUUCGGCAUCUGCAGAACCACCAACCUAUCACCGAUCUCAUACGCCGGCUGGUGAGCCACCGGCUCAGAAGCCAUUACCUGACGAUGAUGGUCUGGAACCAUUUGACGUAGCUUCAGCUAGGGACGUUGAUGAUCUUGUGCGGGACAUGCUCCCCUGGUUUGAGGGGAGGGAGUCCGAAGAUAACUGGUUAAAGCGUGAAAAGAAUGUCAUUCUUUUCCGGAGGAUUACACGAGGCAAUGCGCCGCAUGACUUCACCCAGACCUAUAUCAAUGCCACAAAGACACUUCUUGAUGGUAUUUUCAAGGUAGUCAACUCCCUUCGAACCACAAUGUCUACCAAUGGAAGUCUCCUAAUCCAGGAUAUCGCCCGCACAUGUGGUCCCAGAAUCGACUCGAUGGUUGAGAUAAUCAUGCAGAACCUGAUGAAGCUCUGCUCAGCGUUGAAAAAGAUCGCUGCUCAGAACGGAAAUGCAGCCGUUGACGCAGUCAUUGGAAAUGUAUCCUUCAGCAUUCGCCUUUUGCAGCAUGUAUCCUUUGCCUCUCAGGAUAAGAAUGUUCAGCUGCGUCUAUUUGCCACAGGAUGGCUCACAACUUUGAUCACCCGACAGGCUCACCAGAAGAGCGCGGUUGAACAUGGUGGCGGUCUCGAUCUCAUCGAGAAGGCUAUUAAGAAGGGUCUCGCAGAUGCCAACCCUGGUGUACGUGAGGCAAGCCGCAGUACCUUCUGGACCUUCUUCUCUGUGUGGCCUGAGCGUGCCGAUGCGAUAAUGAAUUCUCUCGAUGCCAAGUCACGGAAUUUACUUGAGAAAGAUUCGUCGAACCCGAACGGUGGCCCGAGGCCCGCUUCUGUAUUGCCUGCGAAGAGCCCCGCCAAGAGUCGUACGGCCCUCCAAGAAGCCAUUGCUGCCCGCAAGAAGGGUCAGAUGCCUUCUCGUCCCGAGUCAGCUCAACCAGCCUUCCCUGAGGCAAAACCACAGGCUGCUGCCAAGACUACUCGUACUGUGCCCACGGGUGCUCCCCUCUCUUCUUUGUCAUCGGCACCUAUGCGACCUGGCAUGAAGCCCCGACGGGCAGAGUUGAGUCGUCCUGCAACCGCAGAUCCAUACGCCCGUCGCCCCGAGUCACGAGCUCAAUCUACCAACAACAGCUCUGCCGGUAAACCGCCGACUAGCUCUCCUCGUUCUGUGAGGUCUAAGCCAUCGACACCGAACACGAAGCCUCUCACAGCUCCCCGUAUUCGCCCCCAUGAGUCGAACCCGAAUGGCACGGCGAAGGGUAGACCUAAGAAGCUUGAUUUAUCAAAAUCCAAGUCUCACAACGAUCUUGGGGCAGCCAGUUGUGCCCGCAGUGAUUCGAAUGACAGUUUGACCAAUCAUUCUUCUGCAAGAACUCCUCGAACCCCUCGAACCCCUCGCUAUGACAGUCAUCUUAGUGCAUCCGAAGACCAAUAUUCGCCAGUCCAAAGCUCGCCAGUAUCUGCUGUGUUCGGUAGUCCCCAGUUGUCUGCCUCACAACCUAUGCUGCACUCGGCGCCGGAUGGCCCUCAUGCAAGCUCAGUUCCCGUUGAUGAACCGGAGCCAAUGGUGCUUGAGCAAUAUGCUGAGCCUGCUGUUAUGCCACCAUCACCACGGAUUGCCGAGCCAGACGUCGCUGCACCCAUUGAUCCGCAUUUGAUUCCUGUCCCUGAAUCUGUUUCCAAGCCUCUUCCGGACUCAAUGGUCAUCUAUGAGGAUCCUGCCACGCCAACAACACCUACGACACCUACUCGGGCCCAGAAUGAACUAUCCGGGAAUGCUCACUCGAUUGGCCACCUUACGCCUUCAAGAUCUUCCAUCCCCAUGCGUUCUCCCAUUCGCCCUCCCGUGCGUUCUUCCGUCUGCCCCGAACAGCCUGAACAGGACGUAACCGAGCCCGAGAACAUGUUAGAGGAUGCCCCGGCUUCAGUAAUGGCAUCGGCCAAAAAGCCCACCCCUGAUUUGGCACCUAGCCAUGACUCGGUUAUGAACUCUGAAGCCCGAUCCCCAUCUCCUACGCGCCGUGCACCGCUUCAACCAAGCCCAUCCCCAACAAGGGGCCGUGUUCAGCCAGCAGCUUCCAACAUCGUCACCGGGGUUGAUUCGAUGGAUCUUCAAGAUCCUCCUGUAGGUUCUCCCGAGACCCAUGGCAACGACGAGAAUGCAACUCCCCACACAGGCAAGGUUGUAGACUUGCCCGUACCACGAUCUGCAGCCAAGCCGACUGCUCUUGAGGAAGUGCCAGUCAAUGAAACAACACCCCGCUCCGCCGAUUUGAGAGACCGAUCUUUCGAAGCAAUGUCUCAAUCAGUCCUCUCCCACUCAACAACUUCCGACGACUCCCCACGACGCCCUCGGAAGUUCAAUGACCGUCACCGCAGCCCCAGCCCGCGGUCCAAAGAUCCAGUGAACGCGAGGGAGAUGAUUCACAAAGGCCUUGCCCGUAUUGCGUCAAGAACUAUGGAACCCUCAGGAUACCGGAAACUGCAAGCACUCUUCCAAUACCAUGGAGAUGAGAUCGUGCCUCGCAGCCAGGAAUAUAAUGCGAUGCUGGAGUCCUUGCUAGGCGAACUCGAAGCAGUUCCCACCAGCCGUAAGGACCACGACGUUAAGACCCAGGUUCUAGCCACCAUCCGGUCCAUGCUCCUGCGGACCCGUGAGCACUUUCACCCCUACGAUACCCGCGCGAUGUCGGCUUUCAUUCAGGCCCGCCAACACUACGAGUCCUCAUCCCACUUUGUCACCUGCCUGGAGGAAGUGACAGACAAAUUAGUCUUCCUGACCCUCCCCCAGACUGCCAUCGCCGGUGUCUUGCAAGCACUGGAUCUCGGCGACGAAGAAGAAAAUGACGAGACUCACCGCUCUAUUAUUAUGGGUCUUACCACUAUCCAGCAGUCUCUCUCCCGUCCCCGCGUUGAAAUCGCCGAUGACCUGCUAGCCAGCAUCGGCGCCGUCGUGAUGCAACAACUGGGACACCCCCGACCUGGUGUGCGCAAGAGCGCCACCGAGCUUUGCACAUUCUUGAACCUGACCUUCGGCUCAGAGCGUGUGCAGAAGGUCACCCAGGCCCCCCGCGAGGGAUCUCUCAACCUUCUUACUUAUUUCAUGGCUCGCCGAUCCCAGUAG